UUUCCGCAACAGCCCCACAGACGCUCACAUCAUCCACCUAUGUGGCACAUGUGACCACCGGUCCAAAAUGUAGGACCGCUGCGCUCCGAUUGGCCAGGAAGUGUCGAAUGAUCCGCUCGAAGUUCGUCCUGCCGGUGAUGGUGAAGGAGAGAGAACCCCUCCUAUCAGGGAGGACAAUCAGAGGAUGGUUUAUAUGAUGCUUGCCAGGCUUUUUGAACGAAUCUGCAUUGAAAAGACUCUGCUGAUGUGACUGGAGCCAACACCUAGAAUCUGGAUUUUGUGUGAAUCUUUCAGCUAGACCGUUCCGUUAGCUGGUUUAAGUCAGAAGCAGGAGCAGCAGCAGAGAGGAUGGGAGGUGGAGGCCAGCUGUCUGGGAGCGUGGAGCCCAGCAGUGGGAGAGAUUCAGGUGUUUUUACCUGGGAGGAGGUGCAGAAGCACUGCACCAGGACCGAUCAGUGGCUGGUGAUCAAUCGAAAGGUUUAUAACAUCACUCAGUGGGUCAAAAGACACCCAGGAGGGUCUCGUGUCAUCAGUCACUAUGCUGGAGAAGAUGCCACGGAGGCAUUCACUGCUUUUCACCCCGAUCUGAAGUUUGUGCAGAAGUUUCUGAAGCCUCUGCUGAUUGGGGAGUUGGCACCAACAGAGCCCAGUCAAGACAGAAACAAAAAUGCUUCCAUCAUACAGGAUUUUGAGAACUUAAGAGUUCAAGCAGAGAAGAAGGGUUUGUUUAAGACUAAUCCUCUGUUCUUCGGCCUCCAUCUGGGUCACAUCUUACUGCUGGAGGUUCUCGCGUGGCUCCUCGUCUGGUUAUGCGGAACUGGUUGGACGAUGACAUUUUUGUGCUCAAUACUUUUGGCAACUGCUCAGUCGCAGGCUGGAUGGUUGCAGCACGACUUUGGACACCUUUCUGUCUUUAGGAAGUCCAAAUGGAAUCAUCUGGUGCACAAGUUUGUCAUCGGGCAUUUAAAGGGAGCUUCUGCCAACUGGUGGAAUCACCGACAUUUUCAGCAUCACGCAAAGCCCAACAUCUUCAGGAAGGACCCCGAUGUCAACAUGCUGGACAUGUUUGUACUCGGAAACACUCAACCAGUGGAGUACGGAGUUAAAAAGAUUAAACGCAUGCCCUACAACCACCAACACCAGUAUUUUUUUCUUUUGGGUCCACCUCUGCUCAUACCAGUUUACUUCCACAUGCAGAUAAUGAAGACUAUGAUUCACCAUCAUCACUGGGUGGAUCUGGUUUGGUCUUUAUCCUAUUACCUCCGCUUCUUCUUUAGCUACAUCCCCCUGUAUGGAGUGUUUGGCUCUUUUGUCCUCCUCACCUUUGUCAGGUUUUUGGAGAGUCACUGGUUUGUGUGGGUGACUCAGAUGAACCAUCUACCAAUGGAGAUUGAGAAUGAGAAGCACCAGGACUGGGUGACGAUGCAGUUGCAGUCCACUUGUAACAUUGAACAGUCCUUCUUCAAUGACUGGUUCAGUGGACACCUCAAUUUUCAAAUUGAGCACCAUUUGUUUCCUACGAUGCCCCGCCACAACUACCACCUGAUUGCCCCACAAGUCCAUGUUCUGUGUAAGAAAUAUGGGAUUCCAUACCAGGUCAAAUCUUUAUGGCAAGGCGUGGUAGAUGUUGUCAGGUCUCUGAGGACGUCUGGAGAGCUGUGGCUCGAUGCAUACCUGCACAAAUAAACCGAAUGACAAUAUAAUGAAAAUCUGUCAAAGAAAGAUUGUACCUUUGUGGAUCCAGUUUGGAUUCAUACUUUUGUUUAAUGUUUUUAGUCUUGUUAUUGGACUGGAACAGGGUUUUUGAGUAGAUCCUUCUGAACAAAUAUUGGAAAUAUAAAUAAAAGUUUAAAUCAGUGGAAAUUUUUUACAUCUGGUGAUUUUAUAUGAGCAAUAAAUCUGAAAUAAGUUUAAUUGUUUUGACACAAACGAUAAAAUUAACAUGAAACUGAAUAUAUAAUUUUUUGUUAAUUGUAAAAAUAAAUAAUUUUCACACUUUCACACAACAAAAAUAAAAAUCUGAAAUGAAUUUGUCUAUUAUUUUAUAUUUUCUUAAGUUUUAAAGAUCACUGUUCCAUUCUUUUAAGAAUCCCCUACAGAGUACAUGUAUUCUUGUCAGAUGUUUGCUGUAAUUAAAAACUAUUUUGAAACCUGCAA